AAACCUACUGAGGCACCCAAACAGCAUUCAGCGGCGAGGAAGGCGAGAGACCAGGAGUGUGUCAGCAGAGUCCACGCUGGACGCGAGGAAGCCAGACGAAGACGAUCGAUUGCCGCGCAGACAAAGGUGGAGAAAGCGCACCAAUACAAGGCUGCUGUCCUCUGGAAGCUGCAGCGUCACGAGCAAAAGAAAUGGGAGCAGAUUGAUCGGGUACGAAAGGGAUCUCUCUUCAAAGCGCAUAUUUGCCAGGCUAUGUGAUAUUAUGUCGGUGGUGGUGGUGAUUCACUCGAAGUAG